UCUCUCUCUCUCUCUCUCUCUCUCUCUCUCUCUUUCUCUCUCUAAAACAAUCAUAUGAGAGAGGAAAAGGGUUAAAGAUGAAGAAGAAAGAUUGCCCAAGGUUAAGGGGGCAGUAACGUCGACAGUCAGAAAAUAACACUUCCUUCUCUAAUAAUUUGCAUAUUAUUAAUUAUAUUUCUUUAAAAAUGCAUCUCAUUUAGUUUUCUAUUGUUUAUAUCUCCCUUAGAAUUCCAUAAAGCAACACCUUCAAAGAAGAAGAAGAAAAAGAAGAAGAAGAAAGGAAGAUGAGAAGCGUGGGAAGCUCCAGCUCCGGCAGAGGCAUAGCCGCAGUGGUCGGCGUCGGUCCAAAACUCGGCCGAUCCGUCGCCCGUAAAUUCGCCCACGAAGGCUACACCGUCGCCAUUCUCGCCCGCGAUCUCGGGAGGUUGUCGAGGGUAGCAGAGGAGAUAGCAAGAGAAGAGAAAGCUCAAGUUUUCGCCAUAAGAAUAGAUUGCUCGGAUCAAAGAAGCAUAAGGGAAGCAUUCGAAGGAGUUCUGUCAUUAGGGUUUGUGGAAAUAGUCGUUUACAAUGCUUAUCCGACCACUUCUUCCACUUACCGUCCGACCACUUUCACCGACAUUUCGGUCGAUUCCUUCCAAAGAUCUCUCGCUGUCUCAGCCGUCGGACCCUUCCUUUGCGCCCAACAGGUGAUUCCGGGGAUGAUUGAAAGAGGGAAAGGAACAAUACUCUUCACAGGAUGCUCGGCGUCUUUAAACGGUGCCGCCGGUUUCUCCGAAAUAUGCUGUGGAAAAUUUGCUUUGAGAGCUCUUGCUCAAUGCUUAACGAGGGAAUAUCAAGCUUUUGGGAUACACGUUGCUCAUGUUAUCAUCGACGGCGUGGUCGGACCACCUAGAGGAACAAUAACGCAUUCGAGAGGAAUGGUAACGGAGCAGCAGUAUAAAAUGAUGAAGAGUGAAGGAGAAGGAGAAGGAGAAGGAGAAGGAGAGAGUUGGGGAGAGACGGGAAUGGACCCUGACACGGUGGCUCAGACAUACUGGUUCCUUCAUGUCCAAGACCGGUCGGCUUGGACCCAUGAACUUGACCUCCGACACUCCUUCACCAGAUUCUACUGACCCUAUGUCUACUCUACUCUUUCCUUUGGCCAUAUGGUUUGCUGAUUAUACCCAUUCUUGUAUUUUGAAUGUACAUAACCACGAGACGACUAAGAUUCAAGAAGGGUUGGGUUCCUGGAG